AGGAAUCUCAACAAAAUAUGAGUAAAGAUCAAAAUUCACCCUCACAAUCUACACAGGAGUUUGCAAUGAGAAAACAUGCAGAUCGUCUGAAAAGUUUGACUGCUUUUAAUCCAUUCCAAAACGACUUGAAGUGCUAUAACCUUGCUCAGAGGACUGAUUUUGAACAACCAAAUCAUGAGCAAAAUCUGAAAAUGGCAAAGAGCCGCCAUUUUUCAGAUGCAAAGCCUGAUUUAGAGAUCCUAAAUAACUGUGAAGAGCAGAAGAGAGGCUCACUAUUUACUCCUAGUUUGACAAACUCGCUUAGCUUUGAUCCUAGGUCUGUAAAAGGUGACCAUCAACCUAACGUCUCCUCUAAAGGUGAUAACAAAAUUCCAUCUAACACUGACACACAACUAGUCCCAGUCUCUGUGACAGAGGUUGGAGCUUCUCUAGAUGCCCAAUACGAAUUGCUUAGGCAGAAGAAGGAGGAACUCCUUCUUCUGCAGAAAUAACGUAGAGAACUCACUUGAGAAUAUCCACUGCAAGAUCACUGGAGGUGAACCCAAAGUUGUUCCUGACAAAAAGGAGCCUGAAGUACCAAUAGAAGUGAAUACAAGAGAGCACAGAAGAAAUAACGCAUUUGUUGUCUGUAAACCAAAUGUAAGAAUGAUCAAGUCAAAGUAUGUCAAAGCAUCUAAAAAUAUGACGAGAAAUACCCCUAAGGUGGGAGAAGGGAAGAAAGGUCUCCACUUCACUAAGCAAAGUAUUGUGAGGGGUAGGAAAGGAAAGAGGAAAUCAGCCAGGAAACUCGAGAAUCAAACCGUUGACAAUAAGAGAGAUAAGAAUGAUCUUAAGAAAAAUAUAUCAUCUAUGAAGAAUAAUGUUAACAAAAGAGAAAAUACUGACCCAAAGAAGACUAUUAGGAUAAUGGAGAACUCUGAGUGUAAAUCUAGCCUGAAGAAGCAUAAUUACCCCAAGCAGGUGCCAACUACUAAUCAGGGAUAUCUCAAUCAGGAUAAGUCUAAGUCAAUUGAAAACAGGAAUAACUCAAGCAACAGUAGAAGUACUCCUUCAGUUAGGAGGGAUAGAGCCACCAGGAACAGGGAUGCUUCUGCUAAUAGUAGUUGCUCUAAGACAAAACGAUUAACCACUCCUAGACCAAAAACUGACAAUAAAAAUAUUAAAUCUGACCUUAAAAAAAAUAAUGAGGCUAAAACUCCAGUCAAAUCAACCUUGAAAGCUCAUAAAAAGGGAGGGAAAGAGAAGAAGAGUAGAGGAAAGUCUUCAUACAAGAAAUCUUAUUCUUCAAAACUUACUAACGUGAAGACCUGCAAGGCUCUGUCAGUUAAGAUUAUUAAGCAGCUAUCGACUCUGACCGAGCAUACGUAUGGAGUAGAGAAGAUACUCAGGAAUUUCUCCGAACUUAUCUCAGUGUUUGAUAACCCCCGCUAUAAGAUCUGAGAAGAUAUCUUUGAGAAAUGGAUCAAACUUACCUCAGAUCUGAGGACAAGUGCAAAGACUAAUCUCACUGAUGUCAGCGCUGAAGUUCCAAAGAGUUAUAGAAUGAAGCUUGAUGGAACUUUUGUUCAAAAACCUCAAAAAGAUAUUAAAACUAGGAAGAGAAGGGAUUCAGUUCAAAGUUCUAGCAAAGAAUGUCUCUUACAGACUAGCAAAGCCAAAAAUAAACCUUCUAAAUAAAGAGGCUAAUAUCUCAAACAAAGAAGGGGAGGUAGGAAUCUCAAGAUCUAUGUCUAAGCCAUUUUUGAAUCAAGAAAAGAGAGCUAAAUAUCACUGAAAUAUAUUGGUUGACAAGGAUGAAAAUAUCUUGAGUGACCAUCACUCUUCAAGCCUUGGAGAAACUCCUUGUGACCAACAGGAUAAACAGAUAGUGAACUAUCAACAAAGAGUAAAACCUAGGAACUUAGAAAGUAACUUUAAUGAUGAAAAGAACAUACUUCUCAGUCCUCCUAAUGACUCUUGUCUAUUGGAUGAUUCAGAGUAUAUGGAUGAGCCUAACCAGUUUCCUCCUGUUCUAACUCGGAAGGACCAUGAUGAUACAUUUAACUUCUCGAUUACUUAUAAGCAGAAUGUUUUGAACGCUUCUCAAUAUGAUGAAAGAGGCUACGGGUCUCAUAAAGAUAAGCCAAAUUCUGUCUUGUUCAACAUUAGAGAUAAGGAGAAUACUCAAAAGAGCAUCUUCGAGCAUGAUACAAGUAAUGAAUGAUCUGAGUCCCCUGUUAAAGGAAACUCAACAAAGUUAUCAAAAUGGGUAGAGAAUGUCAAACAAGAGAAAUACCAAUCUGAGAUAUACUCUAAGAAAUUUGAUUCUAAGCGAUUUGAAUCAAAAUCUACGAUCAAACAAAUAUCAAGAGAGAAGUAUCCGCAAGAUAAGAGAACUUCACAGCACCGUCUAAACCUCGAUCUCAACUACGACAGCAGCUUCAGACCUCCCCAAGACCCCUCCCACACACCUCUCCACGAGACCAGCCCCAGUUCCUCCCUAAAAUUCCAAAAGAGCCUCGAAGCCGAAGAAAGGAUGGACAAAAUCCUAUUCUCCCCACCCCGUUCCCACUUAUAAC